AUGCCACCUGAUAAGAGCCCCGUCUUUCGGGCUGUAGCGACAUCUACACGGCCACUGUACCAGCUCCUUCGGUGUAUUAACUUUUCACCGAGAGUUCACGUUCACAUCACUGAUGAAGGCAUUCGAUUUGCAGCCGACCACUCGAGGGUGAUGCAAGGAGUUGCCUUUCUUGACAAAGCUCUGUUUUCAGCAUACACACUCAACCUACCACAACGCGACGACGACGAAGCCGCCGACCUGCCCAAUUUCCAAAUCUCCCUGCCAUCGUUCCUCGAAGUCCUUCAGAUCUUUGGCGCCGUGGACGUAGCCACGCGAGCACAAAAGGCAGAGCAAGAUCCAUACCGGAGCAACCUGCGAAACUACAGACCAGACGCUUUCAGUAACCAAACGCUAGGAAUCUCCGGUACAUGCACACUGUCCUACAGCGAAGAAGGCGACCCCUUCAAAAUCACCAUUGAAGAAGCCGGCGUCAAGACAACAGCCGGACUAACAACCUAUGUCCCCGAACUGCCAGAAGACAUCCCCUUCAACCGAGAAGAGCUCUCCUUCAAAAUCAUCAUGUCCUCACGCUCCCUGUUAGAUUCCCUGGCGGAGAUUUCCCCCACAGCGCCAGAUAAACUCACCAUUGUCGCGUCAAAGACAUCACCGUUCUUAUCGCUCGCCGGCACCGGCGACUUGGGAAGCUCUGCCGUCGAUUUUGCUAGAGGCAGAGACCUGCUGGAGACGUUUACAAUCGCCGACCGCUGGUCGCAGACGUACAAGUUUGACUUUAUCAAGAAUUCAACGGAGGCGAUGCGCAUCGCCAACAAGGUCAGUCUACGGGGUGAUGCGCAGGGUGUGCUGAGCCUGCAGUUCAUGGUGGAGAUGGAUGGUGGUACACGCAGCUUUCUGGAUUUUCGGUUCGUUCCAUACAUCGUGUAUGAUGAGGAGGAUGAGGAUGAGACGGCUCUUAAUUUUGAGGAUGAUUAA